CUGAACAGAAAGGUGCUUUGGAAUGGGCACUCCCCUAUUGUCUUUCAGGGCAUGGGAGCUUGUGUAAAGAUGCAGCUGUGAUCCUUGGCUGCGUGUCUCAUUGAAGGGACCUAAUGUUUUACGUUAUUGGUGGGAUCACAGUGUCUGUGGUAGCUUUCUUUUUCACCAUUAAGUUCCUCUUUGAGCUUGCCGCACGUGUAGUCAGCUUCCUCCAGCAUGAGGAUCGGGAACGCCGAGGGGAGCGGACCAUUUAUGACUACGUGCGAGGCAACUACUUGGACCCCCGCUCUUGCAAAGUUUGCUGGGAUUGGAAGGACCCCUAUGAGGUGGGCCACAGCAUGGCCUUCCGAGUGCAUUUGUUCUACAAGAAUGGCCAGCCCUUCCCUGCUCACCGCCCUGUGGGGUUACGAAUUCAUAUCUGCCAUGUGGAGCUAGCAAUGGAUAUUCCAGUGACCCAAGAAGUACUUCAGGAUCCCAAUUCGAAUGUGGUGAAGGUGGCAUUCACUGUGCGCAAGGCUGGGCGCUAUGAGAUCAGUGUGAAAAUUGGGGGAUUGAAUGUGGCAUAUAGCCCUUACUACAAAGUCUUUCAGCCAGGGAUGGUGGUUCCAUCCAAAACCAAAAUUGUUUGCCAUUUCUCCACUCUGGUGCUGACUUGUGGGGAGCCACACACUUUACAGAUAGUCCCCAGAGAUGAAUAUGAUAAUCCCACCAGUAACUCAAUAUCACUCAUAGAUGAGCACAAUUACAGCCUUUCCAUCCAUGAGCUUGGUCCCCAAGAAGAAGAGUCUUCUGAUGUUUUGUUUGAAAAGUCUGUGGUUUCAAAUCAAAAGACUUGUCAGGUUUUCUUGAGACUCAUCCUACUCCGUAGGGGGUGUUUCCGUGCCUGCAUCUCCUACCAAAACCAGCCUAUUAGCAAUGGCGAGUUUGAUAUCAUUGUUUUGAGUGAGAAUGAGAAGAAUAUUGUAGAACGAAAUGUUUCUACCUCAGGGGUCAGUAUCUACUUUGAGGCCUAUCUCUAUAAUGCUAGUAGCGAUGCCAACACACAGUGGCACCUUCCACCCCUCCACUUGGGUGCUUCUCAGCGCCGCCCUUCCACCGCUACUGAAGAUGAGGAUGAGGACUCUCCGUCUGAUAGCCAGACCCCUGAGAAAGUGAAGAAACCCAAAAAAGUGUAUUGCUAUGUUUCACCCAAGCAAUUCUCCGUAAAGGAAUUCUACUUGAAGAUCAUUCCGUGGCGCCUCUUUACCUUCAGAGUGUGCCCCGGAACCAAGUUUUCUUACCAUGGGCCUGAUCCUGUGCACAAGCUGCUGACACUGGUGGUGGAUGAUGGGAUACAGCCCCCCGUGGAGCUCAGUUGCAAGGAGAGGAACAUCCUGGCAGCCACUUUCAUUCGCUCUCUACAUAAAAAUAUAGGAGGUUCAGAGACUUUUCAGGACAAAGUAAACUUUUUCCAGAGGGAGCUGCGUCAGGUGCACAUGAAGAGACCCCACUCCAAGGUUACUCUUAAAGUCAGCCGUCACAAUCUUCUGGAAUCGUCUCUGAAAGCAACACGGAAUUUUUCUGUUUCGGACUGGAGCAAGAACUUUGAAGUUAUUUUCCAGGAUGAAGAAGCCUUGGAUUGGGGAGGCCCUCGCAGAGAGUGGUUUGAAUUGAUCUGCAAAGCUUUAUUUGACACCAUCAAUCAACUUUUCACCCGCUUCAGUGACAACAACCAAGCACUGGUGCACCCCAACCCUAAUAGGCCUCCUCAUUUGCGGCUGAAAGUGUACGAAUUUGCGGGGCGCUUGGUUGGAAAGUGUCUCUAUGAGUCAUCUUUGGGAGGGGCUUACAAGCAACUGGUGAGAGCACGUUUCACCCGCUCUUUCUUGGCCCAGAUUAUAGGACUGCGGAUGCAUUAUAAGUAUUUUGAGACAGAUGACCCAGAGUUUUAUAAAUCGAAAGUUUGCUUUAUCUUGAACAAUGAUGUGAGUGAGAUGGAGCUAGUCUUCGCUGAGGAAAAAUACAGCAAAUUGGGCCAACUUGAGAAGGUGGUUGAGCUGGUAACUGGAGGUGCUCAAGUACCAGUAACCAAUGAAAACAAAAUUCUUUACUUGAAUCUGCUUGCACAGUACAGAUUAGCCAAUCAGGUUAGAGAGGAAGUGGAUCACUUCUUGAAAGGUCUCAAUGAGCUGGUUCCUGAAAACCUUCUAGCUAUUUUUGAUGAAAAUGAACUUGAGUUGCUGAUGUGUGGUACCGGAGACAUCAGUGUCUGUGAUUUCAAAGCACAUGCUGUGGUGGUGGGUGGUUCCUGGCACUUCCGAGAAAAGGUUAUGCGGUGGUUUUGGACUGUGGUCUCCAGUUUCACACAGGAGGAACUGGCCAGGCUGUUGCAGUUCACUACUGGCUCUUCUCAGCUGCCUCCUGGAGGAUUUGCUGCACUCUGCCCCUCUUUCCAGAUCAUCGCAGCUCCGACGCACAGUACACUGCCAACUGCCCAUACUUGUUUUAACCAGCUGUGCCUCCCCACUUACGAUUCCUAUGAAGAGGUACACAAGAUGUUGCAGCUGGCCAUCAGCGAGGGCUGUGAGGGCUUCGGCAUGCUCUGAUUCCCCCAGGGAGGAACCCAUCUAGCUUCCUUGUUUUUCAGGGCAAAGCCCAGCCCCACUUCACUACUCAUUCUGAUGCCCCAUCUUAGGGGUAGUGGAGGCAGGGCAGCAGCACCAUGCAAACAGGAAUGUCAAUCUGCAAAUGUCACAUGGAGGCCUUCCCACAUCUGGAGUAUGUUAUUAGGAGCUCAUCUUUCCCCCCUUCACUCUCUGUUCAGUUUGGUAUGUGAAUUGAAGUGGGGUGCAUCUGUUGAGAUGCGGUGUCUACCUCUACCACACGGUAGCAAGAGUUUAUUUCAUUAGCAUACUUCACACAGAGUAUGUAACAGGCACUGGUACCUAUGCCCACUUUUCUUUCCAGUUCUUCUGUGUUCUGUGUCCCAAGCAUUCCAUUUGUUUUUAUGGGGAUUAAAUUGGAGCUGUCCAUAAUAACAGGCACUUAAGGAGGUGGGCCCACAGGACAACAUGUUGCACUACCCACUCUCCAGGCUAUUUGGGAGACAGUGGGAGCAGCCAUGUAUAACUGAUCAGUGUCUGACUAAUUCUGACUGCAUCCUCUCCACUACUCCUAUUUCCUUGGCAAUAAAGGAGUGGGAAUUCAGGGACCCUUGUUGGCAGUUUUCAUCAGCUAAGACAGAAUCUGAGUGGAUUGUGAAGUCUAUACUCUGUUGGCACCUAAAGUGCAUUUCUUGUGGUCAGAGAUGGUGGCAGGUUAUUUGGUGAGGGGAGCCAACAACUGUGACUGCCUGGACUGAGGAAUUUCCCCCCCAAGGCUGGAAUCUCCAUUUGGUGUCUCAUAAAAGCAAACACUUUAAAAAUAAUUUACAGUGGUGCCAGUUUUUCCAGUUCAACCAUUCUACUAUAGGUUAUGGUUACAGCUUUUUUAGAUGACAAAUUUACAUCUUUUUAAAAAAAAGAUAGGUGUGCAUAUUUUAAAAAUGUGAAAUAACAUUAAUUUAAAAGGGGACAACGCAGGCUUUCAUUUUUUUCUUUAGGUGAAUGCAUAUUGCAUCUGCACAGAAGUACAAGCCAUCACUCUGCCAAAAAAUUGUUAGUACUCAUGAGUACUGGGGACAGCUCAGGGAGUCUUUUCCCUUUGGGGGCUUGUUUAGAGACCACCACUGUAUUUUCCUUCAUGGCAGAUAUUUUUCUUCAAGCAGUAGCUCUUCUUGAAAGCAAAUUACUUGUGUUACAAGAACAUCUUUAUGCCAUCAUAUUGCAUUAAAGGUGACUUCUAUCAAAAGAGUGCAGUUGAGGUUCCUAAAUGACUUAUGACACCCACCCACUGCUCUCCCUGGGGACCAAGAGGGGAUGAUGCUGCAGUGAAUGGCUGGGAAGGAGAGCUGCUUGUUACUGAUCUGGUCUUUUGUCUUGUUCCCUAACCUGUUGAAGAUUUUUUCCAGCCGUGGCUUGAAGUUGGUUCUGCUACAUCUUCCUCAGGAAUCCUCUCCUUUUUUAUACUAAGGACUGAGUGGCUGGUAAUUCAGCAGGUAUCCUCUGCUUGAAACCACUCUCCUAUAAUAACAUGUAUUUGGCACUUGUUGCCUUUCUGCAGCUGUACAGAUGCCAAGGACUUUCUUUACACACAAGCACAGUCAGAACAGUGGGGGAUGCAGCUAAGUCCUAGCUAAUAAUGUGCUUCUGCAUGGAUUCACUUAUACCCAUUGUUAGCAGGUCCCCAUUGCUCCAGGGCUUCAUAACUUCAGUGCAGAGGAUCUGAUUUUGCUUCUCGUUCUUUCCUACCCAUGUAUGUUGCCCGGAUUCCAGUGUGGGGACAUGGUACAGGCUGUGCUGUAGCCAUUGAUUGUGUGUGUGUUUGUAUGAGUUUUGAAGAAAUACCUUUUUCAUUGGUCUUUGUUUGUUCCAUCUAAUGUAAGUGUGUCAGUUUCCAGGGUAGAGGGUAACCUCAUGAUACUGUCUGGAGUAGGUCUCUUUGUGCUGGACUUGCAAUGGAUACCACAGGGCUUUGGUCUUGCCCUGCCUCUGACAACUAUCUUGCAUGUUUUAGUAACCAAUGCCUAUUAAUUUUAGUUAGGCCAGGGCCUGUUUUCAGCUAGGUAGCACCAGACUAUAUUUCAGUGAGAUUCUGUAAGUCUCCAAUAAAUGUAAAUAGUUUGUACAAAAAAUAAAAAUAUUUAAA